AUGAAGGUCCCACGGCACGAAUCUUCCAAGGACGGGGAGGUGCGGACUUUCCCGGAGGAGUUACAGGACGUCGCGGAACUGGCGGGGAUACGGACAAACACGAGUAAGUUGACGGUCCUCCGAGCGCUUCUCAAGGACCGGGCGCGGGAGGUCUCGGAAGCGACGCGAAGAGACCUAGAGAGGAAGGAGUGGGCGGACGAAAAGGAUGUCCUGNAUGUCCUGAUAUCGGGGUUCGAUACCCUGGCCGACCGCCAGCAAGCACUGUGGCGCUUCAAAACCGUGAAACUCGGAGUUGGCUUAGACUUCCUGUCACAUGCUAUGACCCUACAAACCCUGUUGGAUCGAGCAUUGCUAACUUUGAACGAUGUCGCUCGAUCGUAA